CUGGCACUACGCACGAACUCGACGCCUUACUGGCAGACCUGGAAUCCACCACUUCACAUAUCUCCAAACGACCAGUGUUUCUAACAGAGGAAACACCUUACUCCUAUCCAACUGGAAACCACACGUACCAGGAGAUUGCUGUGCCACCUCCAGUGCCUCCCCCACCUUCCAACGAGGCCCUGAAUGGCUCUGUGAUUGACCCUGUGGACCAGUGGCAACCCAGCACAUCCAGAUACGUCCACCAGCAACCUCAGUCCCAGUCUCCUAUAUACAGCUCUAGUGCCAAAAGCUCCAGUGCCUCAGUUCCCAAGGACGGGCUCAGCUCUCCUCCCCGUGCCAGUGAAGAGGAACACGUCUACAGUUUCCCCAACAAGCAGAAGUCUGCAGAACCAUCUCCCACAAUGACCAGCUCCUCUCUGGGCAGCAACCUCUCAGAACUGGACAGACUUCUUCUGGAACUGAAUGCUGUUCAACAUAAUCCUGCCAGUGGCUUCCCAGCAGAUGAAGCCAGCAGAAGCCCAUCACUGCCCAGUGUGACUGGACCUCACUAUGUUGUCCCUGAGAGCAGCAGCUCUGUGGGAGGGAAGGCUGCACCCCCCACCAAAGAGAAGCCAAAGAGAAAUGGCGCACGUGGGAUCGAGGAUGUGCGUCCCAGCGUGGAGAGCCUGCUGGAUGAGCUGGAGAGCUCAGUGCCAAGCCCAGUCCCUGCAAUCACUGUGAGCCAGGGGGAGGUGAGCAGCCCCCAGCGCGUCACCGCCAGCCAGCAGCAGACCCGGAUAUCAGCUUCUUCAGCCACACGAGAACUGGAUGAGCUGAUGGCAUCUCUCUCUGACUUUAAGUUCAUGGCACAAGGGAAAGCUGGGAGCAGCUCCCCUCCAUCCACAGCCUCCAAGCCUGGCAGCCAGCUGGAUACCAUGCUGGGAAGUCUCCAAUCUGACCUGAACAAACUGGGUGUAGCUACAGUUGCCAAAGGUGUCUGCGGAGCCUGCAAGAAGCCUAUUGCUGGGCAGGUAGUUACAGCCAUGGGGAAAACCUGGCACCCUGAGCACUUCGUCUGCACCCACUGCCAGGAGGAGAUUGGGUCGCGGAACUUCUUUGAGCGGGAUGGUCAGCCCUACUGUGAGAAGGACUAUCACAACCUCUUCUCCCCUCGCUGCUACUACUGCAAUGGGCCCAUCCUUGAUAAAGUGGUGACAGCUUUGGACAGGACAUGGCACCCUGAACACUUUUUCUGUGCCCAGUGUGGAGCUUUCUUUGGACCUGAAGGAUUUCAUGAGAAGGAUGGCAAAGCCUAUUGCCGCAAGGACUACUUUGACAUGUUUGCUCCCAAGUGUGGAGGUUGUGCCCGGGCUAUCCUGGAAAACUACAUUUCUGCCUUGAACACCCUGUGGCACCCUGAGUGCUUUGUCUGUCGGGAAUGUUUCACACCCUUCAUCAAUGGCAGCUUCUUUGAGCACGAUGGGCAGCCCUACUGCGAGGUGCAUUACCACGAGCGCCGCGGCUCGCUCUGCUCCGGCUGCCAGAAGCCCAUCACAGGACGCUGCAUCACUGCUAUGGGCAAGAAAUUUCACCCCGAACACUUUGUCUGUGCCUUCUGCCUCAAGCAGCUCAACAAAGGAACCUUCAAAGAACAGAACGACAAGCCCUACUGCCAGAACUGCUUUCUCAAGCUUUUCUGUUAGAGGCAUCCUCGAUGGGCACUAAGCAUCUUUCUGCCGCCCCCUUGGCAGUUCUGUCUCUCUGAACAUUACUGUGAUUUAGAAACCAUACCAGGCAGGGGAGGGGGGUGGGAGGUUGGGGGGGUUGCUUUCUGCUGCUAUGGAGAGGCAGUAGAUCCAGAGAUGAGACAGACCAUUAAACUGGAAAUGCCCUUGCUGUGUCUCAGUAGAGAGAGGCCAAGUCCCCUCAUGACGGUGUGUGUGUCUGUGUGUGUGACUGACAGCUGAGCUUCACUCCAGGGCUCCAACGGGGAGACUUUACCCAGCCCCCUCUUGACAGAAGGAGUUUUUGCCAGUACUUUCAGCCUGUGUCAGCUCCCUGAGCAAUUCCUGACACUUGGAGACAAAACAGCCCUCU